AUGUCUUAAAAUAAUUCAAGUCCUUCAUUUCCUAGAGCAUAAAGAAAUGACAUAUUUAAGCUAAAUGAUAAUCCUGGGAGUGGAUCGUAUAAUUUACCAUCCUAAUUUGAUACUUUUGGUAGUUGUUAUUAUAAAAAUAAGCAGUCAUUUACUUUUGGUAGUAAAACUGAAUAUUAAAUAAUAAAUGGAGAUUGUUUUUAUUAAGCUCCAAGAAAUGGUAAUCCUGGACCAGGAAAUUACAAUUUAUAUGAAUAAUAAAGAAAAAAUAAUUAAGGGAGUAAAAUAUCAUCAUCUGAAAAAUCUGAUUGUGCACAAUUUUAAGAAGAAAUCAAUACAAGUGCUUUCAAUUAAGAUAAAGAAGUUUUUUUAUGA